UUUUUUUUUUUUUUAUUAUUGAUUCUUUUUCUCUUUUUUUUUUUUAUUCUUGUUUUUUAUUAUAUCCUAAUCGAAAUGUCUGACAGCCAGGAUCAGAAUAGUACUGAUACUGAAUCUCGUUCUAUGGAACAACCUGAAACUGUUAAUGAUACCUCUUCUACUACUAAUGAUCAACACAAUGAAUCUGGUCUAUCCGCCGAGGUUAUGCUUUCUGCUGUCAAUUCAAAAGAUAUGGUAGAAUCCCUUAAAGGCCGUAUUAUUGCAACGAACAAAUUACUUAAACAUCUUCAAACAGCUAAAUCAGAAAGCGAUGCAGAAAAACUAAAGAUCGAUACUCUCACUAAACAAUUGAACGCACGAGUGGCCGAAGUAACUUCAUUACAACAUAAACUUCAGUUGGAAAAGACGACAAAUCAACAACUCUCCGAGAAACUGGCUCAAAGCUCUGGUACUACUACGGUCAACUCACAACUACAAGCCAUGCAGCAAAACUUGAAACAACUGACGGAACAAAAGGAAAAAUCUGAUAGCCUAUUAUCAAGUCGAGAAAUGUAUAUCAAGCAAUUGGAAGCUCAAUUAGACUCUCUGGAAUCAAAACUGAAAUCUCAAACUAAUAUCGAUCACAAAAAAAGGGACAAUGAUGAUAUGUUGGAUAAAAAGAAUAAACAAAUUAAAGAUCUACAACAACAACUAAACAAGGCUCAAAAAUUGCACGAAGCGGCUGAGGAUGAUAAAAUGGAAAUGAAUAUCAAUAAUGAAAUGUUGAAGCGUGACUAUGAGGAAGUCAAGGAACAAGUAGAACGACUGGAGCGGCAGAUACAACAGCAACAACAAGAACAAGAUCAAAUGACGACCAGCAACAACCGUGCAGUACCAUUUGAUAAAUAUGAAGAUGUACGACAAAAACUGCAACAGAGCUAUACCCGUAUCGAUCAUUUGACAACUCAAGUUGAACGUCUGGAACAAUCAAACCAAAUAGCGUGUUUACCUUCAAGAGGAAAGCAAGAUUAUGAAGGUCUUGUUACAGAAUUCAAAAAAUGUCUUGCUGAAAUCGAAACUAUGAAAAAGGAAAAGCGUGUAUUACAGGAUAAAUUGACUGAACAGUUGGUGAUCAAUGAAGAUAUCAACCACUCAAGAAGGAAAUCGAUGCUGUCUUAUUAUGGCAUUGAUAUGACAACACCGACAUCGGAAACACAACAUGAUGAUACAAUUCAUAUGGAUACAGUAUUCGAAGAAAUAGAUUCCUCAUCACGAUUACCAACAACAACAACGAUAACAACAGCAGCACGUGAUAAUAUGCCUCUCGAAAGACAUACUUCACGGCAUCGAUUACUUCACAAUCAAUCUUUAUCACCUGUCAAAACUAGUCUUGGUAAACGUCCAGCAGAAAGUGAAUCACGCAUCACAUAUGGUACCAAUGGACUUGUUGUUCCUGAAUCACGACUGGAUCGCAGCACUCAACAAUCAACUACUCGGAAAACAAAGAUGACAAAAUUGGAGAAACUUGUAGGAGCAAGACGACCUGCGACAUUUGGCACCUCACCAACAACUAGUAAACAAAAAUCAGAACCUGAAUCUGUCAAAACACUUCGAAAACGACGGAUUUUCUCUGAUUCUUCUUCAACAUCAUCAUCAUCUUCUUCUUCUUCAGGGGAAUCAGAUUCAGAUUUGGAUGUCUUGGAUGGACUUCCCAGUGGAACAACAGCGAAACCAAAGUCUUCUUCAACAGCAACUACCAAGCAACAUAAAAAUCCUGUGGAAUUCAUGAAAUUACGUGCUGAUCAUUUGGCGAAGAGAAUACCAACUCACACCUUCAAGUUAUUAGAUGAUAUGGAAGAGUUUAUGGAUGUUCAUUUGGAUAUCUUCUUGGCGACAUUGGAAACUAUUUAUAAAGGCUUGAAAAGUCAUGGAAUUCCAUUGAACAAACUUGACGGAAAACAACAACACGAAGAGGUCAGCAGUCGUUACGGUGUAUCUGGAAGGAUAGAAUUACAACAUUGUCCAAAGUAUAUGGAUACUAGAGAAAAGAAUAUUGCAUGGGCAUUGUGGGCAUUGGUAUCACUGUAUCCAAAGAAUGAUCCUUAUUCAAAAGUGACUACAUGGGCAACCGAAAAUGCAUUGAAAUUAAUCUCAAAACCAAAUUUGGCCUGUCGAUAUAUUCGUUUGUUGGUAUUACUUUGUAUAAAUGCUCAAGAUCGUCAAAGGAUGGCUGUGUUUUGUUAUGAUCUUGCACGCUGGGCUCCUGGAAAUAUCAAUAUCAUGACUCCAUUGGUGAAUAUUGCAUUGUUAUGGCCUGAGAUUCUGGAUUUGGGUGAUGGGACAGAAAAUGCUGCUGGAACACAUAUGAUGAUCAAGGCCAUUCAACGAUCUUGUGCUGCUUACUGUAAUCAAUAUAAAACGCCAGAUGCUCUCAAGGCGAUGAACAACUAUCUGAAUCCUCUUGUACACUGGCCUCUGCCAAAACAAUCACAAUCAUUGGAAGAUUAUAUUAAGGAAUUGAAGGCAGUACUUUCAUUACCUCAUUUCAAGCAAUUGUAUGGUGCAAAUCGGGAUGCAUUUAAUGAUCUACGCAUCAACUUGGUCAAAUCAUUUGAAUUAGUCUAUCAUCGACUGGAUGAUUGGAAAGCGACAUAUAAUGAAUUUAUAUUGAAAGAUUUAUGGCAAUUAAUGAACGAUGACAUUCUUGCUGAUACUAGUUUGGAAUUAAUGGGAUUAUUGGCUAGAACUGGUUUGGAUAAGGAAUCAAGUAAAGAAGACAUUGCAACUCUACGUCAAACAUUCAAAAGUAUCUUGGAGGUUGGAAAUAAUUGUAUUGUUGGUAAGAGAUCAAAAAAAAAGAAAAGAAAACAAGAAGGAUUUUGCAAUUGAUCUAUUUUUUUUAUUUUAUAGAGGAAUUCCCUUUGCAACUGACAGCGGUCAAAUGUAUGUUUCUUAUAUCCGAGGACAAUGUGGACAACCUGGUACCUAUAGUUGAAUGGUAUGAUAAACUCAAACCUUUACUCAAGGAUAAAAUAACUUUGGAUAUCGUAGAUAGCAUUAAUAGUAUACGACGCAUUUCGAAAUAAAAAAAAAAAAGCGGAUGUUGAAAUGUUUUAUACAUUUAUCAUUUCUACUGAAUAAAAC